UUAAUAAAUAGUAGUAUUUGUCUGUAACAAUAUAUAAAAACAACAGGAAGUUUUUAUACUUUUUGUACAAAACAAAAGUUUUUUUUAAUGAUAAUUUUAUCCACUAUUAUUUAUAAUAGUGGUUAUCAACAUUAUUCAUAAAUUGGGAAUACUAUGGUUUACUAAUUCGAUUUCGAAAAUUUGAAUCGUAAUAAUUAUUGUUUCAUAAUAAUAAUGAUAAAAUAGUCUUGCAAAUAAAUAAAACAUGAUUGAGACGUGUUCCAAAAGAUGUAUGCUCAUAGGAACAAUUUUUUUAGGGGUAUUAACCAUAGUGGUUCUAAUAUUAGAAUCACAAUUGGCUGACACACUUUCCGGCAGCCAAAGAAUGAAAAACAAGACAUUUCCUACAGAGAACAAUUCUACAUGCUGGAUGCAUCAACCAUAUACUAUAAUCAGUGAAUGUCAUCCUUGUUCAGAUUUUGAAAUACGGAGUAAGAGUAUCGGAGUAUGUAUUCACACAAAUUUCAAAGAGAUUCUGAAAUGUGAUAACGGUGAAACAGUAACAAGAAGCUGUGAUCGAGUCGCAUAUUUAGAAGAAAGGGCAUAUUGGAAGUUUACUAUUUGGUCUUUUGUUAUUGGAAUGGUAUCAUCAUUAGCUGUCAUGCUACGUAUGAGAGUUCUUAAUUACAAAGCAAAGCUCAGAGCUCGUCAGGUUUUGAGUAAUGGAUCUAUAUGAAUAAAAAGAAAAAAAAAAUUAUAAUGAGGGGAGGUCCAAAAGACUGUGGCACAGAAAAUUUGUAAUUUACUUAAAAUAAAGUCUUAAGGAGCUUUAAAAAAACGCAAAUCGAAAAAAUAUCAUAUUAACCAUAAAAAAAAACUUGUUCUUGCACUCAAAAUUAAUCAAAAUAGUCUUCUUGACUUUGUUUUGUUUUUGCUGUCAUCAUUGUUCAUUUUUUUAUGAGAAUUUUCAUCCCUUUUUUAACUUCACAACACGAUUGUUGCAAUGUUUAAUUUUCUUCAAUACUGCAAUUUUAUUCUAAAUCAACUUUUAUGUGAACAAUUACAAACUGUAUGUGUAAUAUUUAAUCUUAUAAUUAAAAGAUUAAAGAUUAUCAAUGAGUGUCCACUUACAAACCACACCUCUUCUCUUCCAUUCCAGCUUUUAGACCUACCCUUGUAAUUGUGAUGUACAUGUUAAAAAAAAAAAGUAAGUAUAAACUUGCUAUAUAUAGUUUUUUUUAGAAUAUAAAAAAUAAACAAAUAAAAAAUAUAUAUAAAAUUAUUUAAUCAUUCAAAGAGUAUCUUUAAUA